AUGGGGGCUCAUGAGUUAACUAAUAUGACUUGGGAGCAAUUCAAAGAAGGAUUCUAUGAGAAAUAUAUUCCCAAAAGUUAUCGGAAGAAUAAGGAAAUGGAAUUUUAUAAUCUGAAACAAGGAAGGAUGUCGGUAACAGAUUACGAGCAUAUAUUCACUGACAUGUCCAGAUAUGCCCCAGAUCAGGUUAACACGGAGGAGAAAAUGGCUGAAAAAUUUUGUGGUGGGUUAAGACAUGAAAUAAGAAUGGCAUUGGCAAGCCAUCGUGGGUUAUCUUAUUCUGAAUCUCUUAAACGAGCGCUUGCCAUUGAGUCAGCAAUGCCAGUAGAGAAACCUAUGCCUAGUGUACCACUGGCACGUGCUCAAAUUCAAAGUCCCGGAGACAAAAGAAAGUGGGAUGGUAAUCGGACUCAACAUGAACACAAGAAACCAUGGUAUGGCCAAGAUUGUGCGCAGAACUUUCCGAGACAGUCUACUUUCAUUUCAGCGGAAGGCCGGCCAAGCCCCAUUCCAUGUUCCAAUUGUAACAAGAUACAUAAUGGGAUAUGUAGAGCCGGGACUGAAGCUUGUUAUAAGUGUGGCAAAAUUGGUCAUUUUGCAAAAAAUUGUCCAACCAAGACUUAUGGAAGGGGUACAGGACCAUAUCCACUAGGACAACGCUCCCAGCUACGGGCGGUAAAUGCACAACCUCAGAGAGGUCCGCAACAACCCCCACGAUGUCCGCAACACCAUCAAGUGAGACUUCCAACACAAGCCAGGGCCUACGCACUGAGGCGGGGACAGCCUGAGGGAGAAAAGGGAAAUCUGGCAGGUAUGGCCAUGCUACUUGACAUACCUGUCAUUUUAUUAUUUGAUACUGGCGCUUCACAUUCUUUUAUAUCGGACUCUUGUGUUGAUACCUUGAAUCUGACAGCUGAACCAGCUAAGUAUAAAAUAAAGGUAACCUCACCAGUCGGAGGAAUUAUAGAAAUCACUCGAACUUGCUCGAACAUAGAAGUCUUAUUGGGGGAACAUAGGAUCCUAGUUAGUAAUUUGAAGGUCCUGAAGAUGUGUGAUGUUGACCUUAUACUAGGAAUGGAUUGGUUGGCUGAAAACCAUGUCACCAUCCAAUGUAAAGAAAGAAAAAUUUUCUUUCAAAACACAAGCGAAGAACGAACAAGUUUCUAUGGGGUCACCAUGAAUAAACGAAAAUCCAUAAUCUCUGCCUUACAAGCAGCAACAUUAAUAAGAAAAGGGUGUCCCGCUUACCUCGUUUACCUGAACGAGGAACAUAAGGAAAAAAUGGAAAUCGAGGAUGUGAACGUUGUGCGUGAAUUUCCAGACGUGUUUCCUGAUGAUCUACCUGGGUUGCCACCUGAUAGACAACUGGAAUUUAACAUUGAUUUGGAACCUGGAUCUGCGCCAAUAUCGAAAGCACCAUACCGGAUGGCGGCAAAGGAGUUGGGAGAACUCAAGAUACAGUUACAGGAACUCAUGGACCUGGGCUUUAUCAGACCUAGCACAUCACCAUAG